GAUCAAACAUCACAGACUUGAUUUGAUGUUGCUCCAUAGUUUUUAUAUCCGGUUCAUGUUGAAUCCUUCCAAGUUCCUCCUUUCCAUCUUGGUGAGGAUAAUGUACCGACUAGCUGUGUUUGCCCAGUGGUGCUUCAAACAUCUCGGACAAGUCUGUAGCAAAGUUGAAGAGGACGUUUUGAAUCAAAGACAUCCCAGGGCAUUUUUAAAAGACUUUGUAAUAAAUACAAGUUUUGUUAUAUUUCCCAUUAUAUUUGCUGGUUCCGUUAACCAUCUUCCGAGACCAGACCAUAUUUCCUACAAAUUUUUAUACCGCUAUGAUAGAUACUUUUUUGGAUUUGAAACCUCAAUAGGUUCCUUCACGGGUUUUAUGUUGGUGAUAUUAGGGGCGUACUUGAUAUUAACAAAAUAUUUUAAUAAUUCCACUAACACUGUUCCCUUGUACGACAAAACUGAAGACGACUUUUCCUUCAAGUUAAAACCUUUGAACAUUAUGGAUACCAGUGAAAUGAUAUUGACAUCGCCUUCUCUAGCCAGUGAUACUCCCUCAAUAGUGUCCCCUCCAAGUGAAAGUGAAAUAUUAGAAAGUGGUUUAUUUGAAUUCACAGAAGAAUCGGCUAGCACUAUAGACAUUCCUAAAUCCAAGGCUCAUCAUCAUUGGAGAUUAGCUCCCGUAUUCUUACUAGCAAUAUCAUGGACAGUGUUAAACAUAUUAUAUUCAACUAAAAAUCCAGUUACUAAACCCAAGAAUAUCGUAGCUUGGGUAUUUCAUGUGGUAGUGCAUUUCGUGGUGCCCCCAUUAUUUGGUGGGUGGCUAUACAUUUUUCACCCACCCCGAGCUCUCAAGUUGUUCAUAGUCAGUUCAGGAUUACAAACCGUAGCAAUCACAUUAACAUAUUUGGUUUUCCCCAAUGCACCACCAUUAUUCAUAAAGUUAUACGGUGAGAACAAAGAACCAACAUUUGACAUGAUAUAUACAGAUGGAAUCACCAGCGUAGAUAUGAGAUUUGGGGUGAUGUUACAUAAGUUACUGUAUUAUGCUAUUCCCAACAAAUUUUCAUCAUUUCCAUCAUUGCAUAGUGCAAAUGCAUGUUUAAUAUUCUUCUUUGUAUGUUAUUAUUCAAAGUGGACGAGUUUUAAGUUGCUUGGAUUAGUGAAUGUCCUCGGACAAUGGUGGUCGGAGUUAUACUUGGAUCAUCACUGGAGAUUUGAUUGUUUUGCAGGAAUGCUUUAUGCCAUUACUACUUGGGUUCUUUUGAUGAAUUGGAAAAAGGGUUUACAAUAUGUUGAUGAUAGAUAUACUAAUGCUAAGGCAAAUUUGGACAUGAAGCACGGGAGCACAAUGGGUAUGAGAUUGUUUAGAAAUACUAGGCUUAAGAAUUUCUUUGAUCCGCAAGUAUAGAUACUUUAUAAUAAACGAGUACUUGCUAUUGUGAUACUACAAUGUAAUAUUUUAUCAAUUAAACAAAUGCACUAGUU